UACGUAACUCACUGUGUCUAAUGGGGAUGUAUAAUGUAUACAUAGAAAUGCAUCAUAUCAUUUUCUUAGAAUAUUAGCUCAUAGAGUAGAAAAGCAACAACACACCCAGAGAGCAAAAAUAAAUGCUAAUAUUGCUGAUGGACACCCAACAUUGUGUGUUUUUAUUGUGUAGAUUAUUCCAAGAAACCAGCAAAAAGAAACUCGUUUGGGAGCGACUUAUACCUACACAAAAACAGCAGAGCAGUUCUACUGGUUCCAAAGACGACUCCAGUAGUGAAGAGGAAACACAUCUAAUAGUCAGUGCGCACGGCUUGGGUGGUAAGUAAAAUUUUAAAGAUUUGAUUCUGAGACGAACACUUGUGUGUGUUUUGUCAUAUGAUUUACCAUUGCCCUGCCCUGUUCAAAUAAAUGACUUUAUUUCUACUCUAGGUUCCGCACUUGAUCUUCUAUUAAUAAGACCUCAUAUCGAGUCUGGAGUGACACAUGGGAAAAUCAAGUUCCUAAUGUCUUGUUGCAACGAGGGCUGCACCACUGGUGAUAUUGAUAAAUUAGGCAGCAGUCUCCUAAAUGAAAUAUUACAGUACAUAACAAGCAAGAAGCUCAUUAUUUCCAGGAUCAGCUUUAUCGGCUUUUCUUUGGGCAAUCUAAUAAUACGCUCAGCCCUGUGGAGACCUGAAUUUGAAGGCUACCGUGGAAACCUGCACACUUACCUCUCCUUCAGUGGACCACAUAUGGGCCUUCUGUACCCCAACUCGUUUCUCUUUAAAACUGGCCUGUGGAUAGAGAAGCGGUUGCAUAUAGGUGUCUCCGUAUCUCAGAUGGCAUUAUCAGAUCACAAAGACCCAAGACAAAGUUUCCUCUACAAACUCAGUCAGAAAAAAGGCUUGGAGCACUUCAAGAAUGUGAUUCUCGUGAGCGCGUUACAAGAUUACCUUGUUCCCUAUCACUCCGCUCGUAUUGAAAUGUGCAAAGAUGCUGUGAAGGGAGAUGAGUUAGGAGCUGUUUACAAUGAGAUGCUCCGUAACCUCCUUGAGCCUGUUCUACACAACGAGAACUGUAACUUUGUGAGAUACGACGUUAGUUUCGAUCUGGCCAAAUCAUUCUUGUCUUUCGCUGGGAUUGAAGGCCACCUCGCAUUAAUUUCAUCUUGGCAAUAUUUGGAAAACUUCUUUCAAAACGCUGGCCUGAAAUAUUUUGAAUAGAAGAAAUGUGAUGCCCGAAGUGCCAGAGACAUUGAGUUGCAGAACCUUUUCUACCUUGUUGCACAAUGGACUAAUGGUGAGAUUUAUAUCUGUUUAGAUUGUUCCAUCUAGGUUUAUAGAUAGGGCCUUAUUUAUCAAAGUCCAA